GGUUGCCAUGACACUGAACGCCUCUGCCUGACAGCGGCCUACACUGAGAAGACUUGCUCGUGAUUGUACGGGAACCGGCACCAUGUCUUACCGUGACCUGAGAAAUUUUACCGAGAUGAUGCGUGCGCUUGGAUACUCGCGACUCAUCUCCAUGGAAAAUUUCCGCACUCCCAAUUUUCCCUUGGUCUCCGAGGUGCUUAUCUGGCUGGUGAAACGAUACGAGCCUCAGACCGAUAUCCCAGUGGAUGUGGACACAGAACAAGACCGCGUUUUCUUUAUUAAGGCGGUGGCUCAGUUCAUGGCCACUAAAGCACAUAUUAAGCUGAACACCAAGAAGCUUUACCAGGCGGAUGGGUACGCCGUAAAGGAGCUUCUGAAAAUCACCUCUGUGCUGUACAAUGCAAUGAAAACAAAAGGCUUGGAGAAUACUCAGCUCGAGGAGGAAGAAACAACCUCCUUCAAAUUUGAUUUGGGAUCCAAGAUUUCUGACUUGAAGACGGCCAGACAACUUGGGUCUGAUAUCACCUUGAAAGGAGCUUCUCUGUACGACCUGCUGGGCAGGGAGGCUGACCUAAGAGAGCUGAGAACAGCAGCCAUCGCUCGGCCUCUAGAGAUAAAUGAAGCAGAAAAGGUCCUGAGGGCGUCCAUCAAAGAAGUCCUGGAGCAAGUCCAGAAGAUGAAGGACUUUCUAAGUAAAGCCUCAUCUGACCAGGUGAACCUGGAGUCCAAAAUUGAGAAGCGCAAGCAAGAGCUGGAGAGGAAUCGGAAACGACUCCAAACUUUGCAGAGCGUCAGACCAGCCUUUAUGGAUGAGUAUGAAAAGAUCGAGGAAGAGCUGCAGAGACAGUAUGAGGUUUAUGUAGCAAAGUAUCGCAACCUGUGUUACCUGGAACAGCAGCUAGAAGAUCAUCACCGUAUAGAGCAAGAACGUUUUGAGGAAGCUGAGAACACGCUGCGUCUGAUGCAGAACAAGCUGAGAGAAGAGGAGAACAGGCUGCAGAAGGCCGGAAACAACAAUGAAGACACAGACAGUGAAAUCCAGGAUGAUGACGGCUCUGAAGAUAUGGAGGAUGAAGAGAGGCUGCCAGUGAAAGCCCGUGUCGGCCGUAACCUCGCUCUGCAAGGGAGAGGAGCACACAUUGUGGGCACGAUGCAAGGGGGUGAGAGCGAGGAUGAGGAUGACUCUGAUGAAAGCGAGAUAGACGUGGACGACGAUGAUGAGGAUGACGAUGAAGAUGAUGACUAUGAUGAGGACAUCAUGAGGGUGAGAGAUCAUAGCACAGAGAUAUCUCUUCGGAGACCCAACCGGCGCCCAAGAAAACCAGAGUCACUCGCAGAAAGCGACAAUGACUUCUAAAGAAGGUCCACACACAGGGUGGCAUAUCCCUCCCAAACAUUUCAUCCCUCCUUCAUUAAUACCUGACCUCCUAUUCAAUUAUAUCUUGUUUGCGGGACAAGCCGGUGAGCUGUUGGCCAGGAGAGAGCAUUUCUACGUGAGACAACAUACUUUUACAUCAGACGUUGCUUAUCUUCUUGGCAAAGUUUACUUUCUUCUUUUAUUUCUUGAAACAUUUUGUUCCCCCAACACUUCCUUGCUGUCAUUUUAUUAUAUGGACGUACAUCUAUACCUGUCUUCACCGGGUUUUCUCAUUCUUACCCCACCCGUUUUCCUAUUUCAAUGACAUCAUAUUACCAAUGACCAUUUCUGAUUGUUACUGUAAUUAGUAUCCAUGCUAAAAGAAA